ACACGACAGUUGACAGUACUGCUCCAUGGCCGAGAGAUGAAGAAGAUGGCGUCUAGCUGUGAAUUUCGGAUUUAAAGUGUUGUUUCCGUGUUUUUGCUAAACGAUAUUAAAGGUUUCGAUAAUAGAUAGUGUAAUUUAUGUCGGUUUAAAUGUCUGAUUUACUGCUGUAUGGUUUGUCAAUGUACGUGGUCGUUUAUAUAUCUUUAAAAAAUAUAAGUAAUUGUGAAGGUUGUACUGACGUUUGCCCAUUAGGAUAUCGAAGCUCAGCAUAAUAGAAAGUAAUCAUAUUAAUUUUGCAGUAUCACAUUCUUUAAGAUAUUUCCGAUAAUUUUUUGUGUUUCGGUCACGUUCAGCAGCCGGCCGUCAUGAUAUGGGAACGAAGAUAGUGCAGUUCCGAACCUAGAAAGAUGAGCGCUGGUGCUUCGGUGCCGGUCGUGGGGAAGCAAGCGCCGCCGCCACCGGUGUUGACCUUGAAGCGUCCGAAAAUAAGCGCAUGCAGGGAUGCAGUGCCGGCGGUGCACGGGAGGGGUCACACGGAUCAUCAAGGGUCCAGAGCGCGUCUCAGCAAUCACCAGAGGAAUUUAAGUCUGGACUUUAGGUCUAUGGGGAUUCUUUUACCUCCAGUUACACAAGUAACAACCGUAACUAGUACGCACAUGACGUUACAUCAUCGUAAUCGUUCGUUGGAUUCUGCCUUGCAGAGGAUACCGGAAGUUGAUGUCACACCAAGUCCGGAAUGUGAAAAUGUCAUUACUACGGCCCUGGUUGAUGGAGUGAGACAUCAGGUGGCAUCCUCCAAACAACGAGACGAACUUGCAUCUUUGGGCUCGGAUGAUAGCGGCAUUUUAUGCGGCUCUGAUACCAGCGAUCAAACUCGUGAGUCUAGCGUGGAACUGACCAACGAGAGCAGAGAGAGUCUCGACGAUUUGGAUAAACCACUGACGACAGAAGAAGAAUGUAAAAUUAGUGAGGUCGAUGAGAACGACCAAAGGACUAAAAGGUUGCGCGAAAUUGUAAAUAGUGAGAACGGUUCGAGUGAGAAUAAACCAGCGAUGAGAAAAAAUCCGCCAACUAAGAGUUCUGGAAUGUUGAGGCUCUUAGAGAGUAAAGUUUUUGAUGUGCCUAUGGCAAUGCAUUAUUUAUUUAACAGCAAAGAGCCAGGGGUGCUCUGUUAUAUUGUCAAUAAAAUGUUUACAUUUGAUGACAGUGAAGUGGAUUUUUACUUGCCACAACUUGUAUGUAUGUACAUAGAAAUACCAGAAGUUGCCGAGGUGAUACAUCGUUAUCUAGUUCAUCGGUGUCGGAAAUGCAUCGAUUUUUCUUUGAAAGCUGCUUGGUUGUUGGAUGCUUACAGCACUGAUGCAGCCUUCCCUUCCAAAAAGAAGCCACACGGUAUAAAACUUCGUAAUCUGAUCCUUUCUGAUGAAUUGAGACCAAAGAAUCAGCUGCUACCAACUGGCCCCAGUGAGAAAAUGACAGCGUCACUUACCGUACCCAUCACACUAAAGAAAUCUCAUUACAGAUCACAGAGUGAUGCUUCAGCUUUAAUCACUCCAUCGGAGAACAAGAAUAUAACACAGCUUAAGCUGUGUUUUGGCGAUCUGAGUUCCGGUAGAGCCUUUGAUAAUGGUUGUAUAUGUUUUCACAGCAGACGUAGUGUAGUCAAUGAUCUUAGAGGAGAGAAGACUGAAUGCACCUGCUUAGCUCCUAGACUGAGACCUGAAUUGGAGUUUAUGCAGGCCCUUAUUUUAAUUGGAAAACUUUUAAGUUCCAUACCGACAAAAGAAGGCAAAACGACCAGAUUAAUUGCCGAACUUAACACUUUAAAUUUGAACUUGCCAGCCCGGGUGUGGUUGCCUUUAAAUACAUCAACACCUCACCUAAUUGUUAGAAUACCUCCCCAAGUAGCUGCGGUAUUGAAUUCCAAAGAUAAAGCUCCCUAUAUUAUAUACAUAGAAAUAGUAGAAGUAAACGACAUAUAUAGUUCUCUUGUACCUAGCAAGAUAAUGCCUACCCUUAGACACACUAAAUCAGAAGAGAAUUUAAAACAUGACAAUGUGUCGUUAUCGGCAUUUAGCGUUUGCGGAAGCUGUUACGAUGAAAACGAUCCUGAUUGGAGUCAGGAAGAUGAUGAAAUAUCACAACAGUAUACCCAGAUAAAGAAAACUGUAGAUAGAGAUACAAUAUCACAAAUGAGCCAAGAGUCUAGUGAUUCGGGUAUUCCACCCAUGUCAAUACCUGCUAGUGAGAUUCGAAGAAGAUUAUCUGAUUUCUUCCAUGAAGAAAAGAACAAACAAUUUACACAUGACCCUGAAGACCCGUCAGCAGCUGUAUUAAAAGAACCAUGGCAGGAUAAAGAAACACGCAUCCGAGAAACUUCUCCUUAUGGCCAUCUUUCCAGUUGGAAAUUGUUGUCUUGCAUUGUAAAAUGUGGAGAUGACUUGAGACAGGAGCUCAUGGCAUUCCAGUUACUCACCGUGUUUCAGAAAAUAUGGGAAUUGGAGCAUGUGCCUCUGUGGGUUCAUCCUUAUAGAAUUUUGGUAUUGUCAGAUGACAGUGGUCUAAUUGAGCCAAUACUAAACACUGUUUCACUCCAUCAAGUUAAAAAGCAUUGCCAACUGUCACUCCUCCAAUAUUUUAGAAAAGAAUUUGGAACAGAAACUUCAGAAGCUUUUCUAACUGCUCAAAAGAACUUUGUACAGAGCUGUGCCGCCUACUGUUUAAUUUCAUAUCUCAUUCAAGUCAAAGAUAGGCAUAAUGGCAAUAUACUUCUGAAGAGUGAUGGACAUUUAAUACAUAUCGAUUUCGGUUUCAUUUUGUCAGCUUCCCCGAAAAAUUUAGGCUUUGAAAAAUCUCCUUUUAAGUUGACGUCGGAGUUUGUUGAAAUUAUGGGUGGUGAAAAUUCAGAUAUGUUUGAAUAUUUUAAAAUACUAAUACUUCAAGGAUUGAUUGCUGCAAGAAAACAUCACGGAAUGGUUAUUGAUUUGGUAGAAAUAAUGAGAUCAGGAAAUCAGUUACCGUGUUUCAAGUCUGGUGCUGCUACUGUACAGAAUUUAAGAAACCGAUUUCAUAUGAACAUGACAGAAGAACAACUUAGACUGGAAGUAAAUAAAAUGGUAGAAGGAAGCAUUCAUUCUCUUUCGACGAAACUUUACGAUGGUUUCCAGUACUUUACCAAUGGGAUACUAUAGCUUUGUCCUUUCCGGGAGAGUAAAAUAUAAAGAUAUGGCCAGGUAAAUUCAGUUAUUUGAAGAGAAUCAUCGUUUAGUAAUUUCAAACAACUUAUGAAGAUAUAUGAGUGAAAGUUUCAUUAUUUUUCAAAGUUAAAAGUGAGAUAUAAUCGUUUUUUUGCAGUACAAAAAACUGUGUAAUAAAAGACACUUUUAAUAAAAAACGUGUUUUAAUCACAAAAGACCAUGAGAUAUUUUCAUUUUAAAGAAGUAAAUAAGUGAAAGUUAAAAUAAUACCAUUUAUGUACUGUGUAAGCUUUGUUUUAGAAUACUUAUUUAUUUACUUAUAUAAAUAUUAACAAUUUUUACUUAUAUACAGUUGUUAAAUGCUCAAAAGGUACUAAUAUUGUUAGUUACUCUUAAAUAUAAAUUUCCUAUAUCUAAAUAAAAAUAUGUUUAUAUGUGUAUAAAGUAUAUUAAUGAAUAUGUAUAAAAUUUAUUAAAGAUUAUAAUA